GUAUCGUCGUUGUCGGCCGAUACAUUCACGCGCAGACCUUCCGCGGAUAGACAUUGCAAGCCAACGGCUGUAGAGGAUGUCACAUUUAAAAGUUUUGCGCGGGAAUUUCGCGCGGCAAUUAAUUUUUUCACCAUGUAAAAAAAAUGCAAACAAACUAAGGACAAACAGAGUGAUACCAGAGCAUACUCAACCGUGUCUUUUGGGUAGAAAUUUUGCUACCCAAACAGCACCGGAUUUAGAUAAUAAAUAUUUAACUUCGCCAUGGGGUGACAUCCAAGUUGGAAAUGAAACUUUAACUGAAUUCGUAUUUGAGGACAUCGAAUUAUGGGCGGACAAGCCAGCAGUGACAUGUGGACUAUCCGAGCGUUCCUACGAUUACGGCAUGUUGCGGAUGAUGGUAGAACGUUGCGCACAUGCCCUGCUGGGACCACUCCGGUUAUCUCCAGGGGACCGGUUGGGUCUGAUUUUGCCAAACAUCCCAGAGUUUGCAGUCAUCGCCUAUGGAGCCAUGAGGGCAGGCCUUGUUCUGACAUUCGCCAACCCACUGUAUACAGCUGAGGAAUUACGGAGGCAGUUUUCGGAUUGCAACGUAAAGGCGAUCGCUACUAUAGAAAUGUUCAUGCCAGUGGCUCAGCAAGUGAGCGCCUCUCUAAAAGAUUAUAAAGGCACCAUAUGGGUUGGAGGAGAGGAUGAUGGUACCAAAGGAAUCUUUGGACUCCGACCUUUGUUGAUGGCGGAUCACAAAUCGGACCUGCCAGAUUUGAACUGCGAUGACGUUUGUCUCGUCCCGUACUCGAGUGGGACUACUGGCAUGCCUAAAGGCGUGAUGUUGACGCACAAGAACCUUGUUACCAACCUGAAGCAGGUUCAAUGUCCCAGCGUUAUGAAAUAUAAAGGAGAAAAAGGCCACGGGGAUGUUUUGUUGACUGUGCCUCCAUUUUUCCACAUUUAUGGAUUUAACGCAGUGAUGAACUAUAAUCUCAGGCUUGGCUACCAUUUGGUUUCUAUUCCGAAAUUCACACCAGAGAGCUACGUAAAUUGUCUAGUGGAAUACAGUCCAACCACAUUAUUUGUGGUUCCGUCGCUUCUGGCGUUCCUGGCUACGCAUCCCUUAGUGAAGAAGGAGCACCUUCAGUCUAUUGACACCAUUAUGGUAGGCGCCGCGCCCACCACUGACAGUAUGCUGGAGAAGUUUCUACUCAAAUGCGAGAAAACUAAGGACCAGAUUAGAUUACUGCAAGGGUAUGGCAUGACAGAAAGUUCUCCCGUAACCCUUAUGACACCGUACCAUUAUCCGUACAACAAGGUCGGCUCUGUGGGUCAAUUGAUCUGCAACACCCAGGCUCGAGUUGUCUCCCUCACCUCAGGCGAGAUGCUUGGUCCUCACAAGUCAGGAGAAUUGUUGCUGAGGGGCCCACAGGUGAUGAAAGGCUACUGGAACAAUGAAGCCGCCACUAAAGAGACUUUAGACAGCGAAGGUUGGCUGCACACGGGCGACGUGGCGUAUUAUGACGAAGAUCACUAUUUUUACAUCGUCGAUCGUACGAAAGAACUUAUUAAGGUCAAGGGUAAUCAGGUAUCUCCAACGGAAAUAGAGAGCGUGAUCAUGGAGCAGCCUGAAGUGGCGGACGUCGCUGUAGUGGGUAUGCCAGACGCGCUGGCCGGCGAAGUGCCGAAAGCCUUCGUUGUACUUAAACCGAAUUAUAAACUCACCGAAAAACAAGUCUACGAUUUGGUAGCAGAGAAAUUAACCAGAUACAAGCAUCUGGAAGGUGGUGUCGCUUUCCUUGAUAGUAUACCCAGAAAUGCCGCGGGUAAAAUCAUGAGAAACGAGCUCAAAGUUUUGGGACGCAAACCCAAACAUUAAUCUUGUGAUGUCUAGUAUUAUAAUGUUGUUUAUAGUUAAUGUUUUGUACAUAGGUGAUAGUUGUAUGAUGUUACGUUUUAAGUAUUGUUCUGGUUUAAUUAGGGUCUUACAAAUAGAGCUGUGAUUAUUUUGACUUACCAUAAAGUUGUUAUUUUAUUAUUAUGUAAAUAGAAAAUAAAAGAUACUAUUUUCACAAA